AUGUCAUUAUCUUCAACAACCCAGUGCACAAGAGAAGUCUUUACCUUUCUGACUGGUCAUUCCCCCGAUACUUGGGUUUCAAAAAGUACUUUAUCUCGAUGGAAUAAAGAAGUGGCAGAACUUGCAAUUAUUGAAAAUCUUCCAAAUUCCACUUCUACAUUUGCUUCAUAUGGAAUCCUAGCAGAUGAAAGCACAAGAGGAGAUAAAAAAAUCUUCUUAGUAUGUGUUGCACAUUGGAAUACAAUCAAAGAGGAACCUAUUAUCACAAUUCUAAGUAUGAAAGACUUGGAUUGUUGCACCUCAACCAAUUUAGAAUGCUCAAGGAAUGUUCCUGAGGGAUAUCUUCAUAAAUGGAAAACAUUCCUAGAAUUCCUACUGAAUGAAAAAGUUGAAUAUAGAAAUAUUAAUAAUGAGCGCGUUCUUGAUAUAUGGAAAAAAUGCGAGCGUCUCCAACAAGAUGUGGAUUACAAUUCAACAGUUAUGAGAGAUAUAGAGCUUCAUUACGAGAAGCAGAUAAAGAAAAAUAAGUCAAAAUCUAAAUCUGUGAAAAUUUCCGAUUUACCCAUUAUUGAUGGCGGAAUCAACAUGAUUGAAACUGGCACAACUGAUAAUGCAGAAGAAAAAAAUAAACUGUAUAACAUACUUAAGGACAAUCGUAUGGAAACAAAAAAGACGUUAAAUGAGGCGGAACGGUUACUGACUUCUUACUAA